AUGUCGCUGAACACCACGGAGAGCGGCGGAAGCCACCAUCACCACGACGUGCUGACCGCCCUCUGCGAUUUGCCAGCAAUGCGCGAGGUCUACACUGUGGAAUACGUGUGGUUGGGAGGCGAUUUGGAUCUUCGCAGUAAGACCCGCACGCUCGAAGGCCCAUUCCGCAGUGUGGAGGACUUACCAGCUUGGAACUACGACGGUUCUUCGACCAACCAGGCUCCUGGCCAGGACUCCGAGGUGAUACUCGUCCCUCGAAAGGUAUACCGCGACCCCUUCAGGGCGACCGCGAUGGACAAAGACCACAUACUCGACCACGACAGGAAAAACUCCUCCGUGCACAACAGGGCGCUCUACGUCGAGCAUCGAUCGCUGGACAAGCCGGCGCUCUCGCCCGUGGCGGAACCCGAGCGGAGCUCAGCGACCCGCCCCGAGAUACUCGACGGCUGCCGCAACCUCCUCGUCAUGUGCGAUACCUACGAACCGAGCGGACGACCCAUCCCGACCAACACCCGUGCGGCCGCGAACGCCAUCUUCACCCUCCCGGAGGUUUCGUGCGAGGAGCCUUGGUUCGGCAUCGAGCAGGAAUACACUUUGCUGGACUCGACAACGCGCUGGCCCCUCGGAUGGCCCAAGGGUGGCUAUCCGGCUCCGCAAGGACCCUACUACUGCGGUAUCGGUGCGGACAGGAUGUUCGGACGAAAAAUCGCUGACGCCCACUACAGAGCAUGCCACUAUGCCGGUUUGUCCGUCUCUGGGAUCAACGCUGAGGUCAUGCCCGGCCAAUGGGAAUUCCAGGUUGGGCCGUGCGUAGGCAUUGACGCCGGUGAUCAGCUCUGGAUGGCGAGAUACAUCCUCCAGCGCGUUUGCGAGUUGACCGGCGACGUCGUGGUCACGUACGAUCCCAAACCCGUGCCGGGCGACUGGAACGGAGCGGGUGCACACUGCAACUACUCCACCAGAUCCAUGCGAGAGAAGCGACUCGGAGGCAUGAACGAGAUUGAGCGAGCCAUCCGCCUCCUCGAGGAUCGCCACGCGGUUCACAUCGCCGCUUACGGCCCGGGGAACGAGCGAAGACUCACCGGCAAGCACGAGACUGGCGCCAUGGACACAUUCACCUGGGGUAUCGCAGACAGAGGCGCCAGCAUCAGGGUUGGCAAUGAGACCGCCAGCACUGGAGCUGGGUAUUUGGAGGACCGCAGGCCCAGCGCCAACAGCGACCCGUACGCCGUCACUUCCCUCCUCGCGGAGACCACCCUGGCAAGAUCGUGGUGCAGCGAGCAAGGCAGCAGCAGUUACGAUGCGCGCAACGUUCUCGGCGGUCUCUCCGAGGCUCUCAAGUCGGCCAAGCUGUCAAACGCGGCGUCUUCGCUUGAGGACGACGAUUCCUCCACCGCGGAGGUUGACCAGAGCUUCAAGUCCAAGUCCAGCCAAGCGGGGUCCGGCAACAUGUACGAGUUCGGGGUGCCGAUCACCCCGGAGAAGACGCCGCCGCCCGAGACGCUGCAGGAGUAUUUGACCCGCCCCGCGACAGUGGAUUCGAAGGGGCGGGUGCACCGUUCCCCAAUCGGCGAUGACGGGAGCCUGUGA